CUGGCAACCUGGUUUCAUUAGCCACACAAGCUUGCUCUCCUCCACUGUCACUGUGAAAGCGACUAGCUAGAAUAUACUGCUGCCGAAUUUAAAACAUAUGUUGGCAAUCAAUCAAUUAAUCUAUCACGACCUGUCAUGAGUGUUUUGUGUCGCAUAAUUCAGAGAGGACUUCUCAACGGACGGACAUCAUGUCGGUUUGUAACGGGACAGCGAGACAUCUUUGGUGGCGUGCCUCUGAUGGCUCGUUCAGUUGCUUCAAACUGCCCUGUCAACCUGACCUAUGACGUGUUUGACGGGAAAGGAGAGAACACGCCUCUUGUGUUCCUACAUGGUCUGUUUGGCAGCAAAUCUAACUUCCACUCAAUUGCCAAAUCCCUUGUGCAACGGACAGGCAGGAAGGUGCUGACAGUGGAUGCCCGUAACCAUGGUACCAGCACGCACAACCCAGAGUUGACCUACGAGGCAAUGACUAGUGACCUGAAACACCUGCUUGCCCAGCUGCACAUUGGGAAGUGUGUCCUAAUUGGACACAGCAUGGGAGGCAAGGUAGCCAUGACGACUGCUCUGUCGCAGCCCAGUCUGGUGGAGAGGUUGGUGGUGGUGGACAUCAGCCCAGCUCAGACCACCACACGCACCAACUUCCGCUCCUACAUUCAAGCCAUGAAGGAUGUGAAGAUCUCCAGCGACAUCCCUCGCUCCACUGCCAGACGUAUGGCUGAGGACCAGCUACGCAAACUGGUCAAGGAGCACUCAGUGCGUCAGUUCUUGUUGACCAAUCUAGUGGAGCAGAAUGGUCACUAUGCAUGGAGGGUGAACUUGGAUGCCAUCUCGGCGCACCUUGAUGACAUCAUGAGCUUUCCGGACUUUCCUAACACGUACGAGGGUCCCACUCUUUUUUUGGGUGGAGCUAGCUCUGCUUACAUCAGCUCUGAUGACUACCCAGAGAUCCAGAGGUUGUUCCCUUGUGCAGAUAUACAGUACAUCCCUGAUGCCAGCCACUGGAUCCAUGCUGACAAACCUCUAGACUUCAUCAGUUCCAUCAUAUCCUUCCUGCAGUCCUAGCUCCUAUUACAGAACCCCUCAGCUACGCUCAACCACAGCAAACAGACAGUCAGAGGGUGUGGCAUCACCAACAGGAGACAGACAGAGAGUGCUAAAUGCUAAUCCAGGACCAACCUCACCCUGUCAGUGCAGUCAGUCCUACUUGCAUUCUUAUUAAUACUCUCAAGGAUACAGUGUACAAAUGUCUGUUAAUGCACUUACUUAUCACAUUUUAGUUAGAUAGGUACAUAGUUUAGGUAGAUUUAGGUAUUUAUAUGGAUGGAAUAGAUGGUUAGAAAAAAUGUACGUAGAUAGGUUGAUAGAUGCCUAGAGUUGCAGUUUUAGGAUAAGGGAAAUAUUUUGGGCUAUUUACUAAUCCAAAGAGCCUCCCAUUGUUGCACAAUAGCGUACUGUAUCUCAAAUCAAUUCAUAUCAGCACAGAAGAAUGGCUUUUGGUCAAUUCUAAUGUAGGUAGUCUUGUUCCAGCUGUUUUGUCUGAGCUCCUUUCAGGUAUGAGUUAUAAGGGAUAUUGGCAGUAGAUGGGGACAAGACCAUUCCUAAACCAUACUACUGCAUAAUAGGAGCACAGCGCUUAGUAGGGAGUCAGAUGGGCAUUAAGUAAAGCAGCACUGGGUCUGUCUGAUGGAAAGAUUCAGCAAUGCCUCAAUCUCUCCAGCCACCAUUGUUCAUAGAGUAACCAAUUUAUUUUAUUAUGAUGUUGUUUGGAAGCACUUUUAGUCUUCGGUCUGGAAUUCAUCACAGUACCUACUUUAAAAAAAAUCGCUCUCCACUUUGUGUUUUGCAGAUGUGCUUGCACUUUUACAAUGUGAUGUCAACAAGAUGGCUAGCUACCUUUUUCUGCUAACACAAAUUAAGGCUAAGUUUACAGAUACUGUAUUCAGUAGAUGUCUUAAACACCCCAGGUUACAACAAUCAAUACUGUGGCUAUACUGUACACUACACUUUAAUCUCAAGCAGCCAUUGUAGUUGUAACUGUAUAGUCUUUUUUGUUUGAAAUCUAAUCCGUGUUUUAGUGCAACAUUAUUUUGUAAUACUUAAGAAUCGGAGCUAACUCUUAAUAUAACAUAAAAAGUUAUAUACUUUAUGAAUAUUCAUCAAAUGAUGUGCUGCAAAAAACAUAUAAUGUAUCUACUAAUAUUUUUGAAUGUUGUCAGUUACCAUCUCCUGUGUUCCUCUGUGAAAUGUGUGGGAAAAGUACAGUUGGAAAAGUGAUACUGCCAUAUGUCUGUUACUGAGUAAGCAGUGUAUGUUGUAAAUGUGUGUGCCUCUUUCUCGUCUUGAGCUCUUUUAUCUUCUAAGCGUCUCGAUAACAGUUUACUCUUAAUAGCCAGCAGCAUUGAGAAUGGCAACUAUGUUGCCAAUUGUGUAUAUUAUAUCAGAGAUGCUACUCUACAAGGGUUUUGGUGUAUGUGUGUGCUAGACUUGUAUUGAUCAUUUUAUAGCACUGUCUUUUGAAAUCAGCGAUCUACUAUGGAUGUCAGAAAACCCCCUAUAUCAGAUGACCCCUAUUUAUAAUGAAAUUGGUAGAUUGAGUAGCUAAGCAACCCCCUACCCAUCAUAACUACUGACCUCCAAUCAGUUUCAUCGUAUUGCACAUGUGGUUAGGUGGGUAGGAAGGUCAAAAAUAGCUUUAGAAACAGGUCCCAGAUCAGUAUUGUUAUUGCCUUGAUGUUGGAAAAGAAUGUGUGUGGUGGGGAAACAACUGGUGAUUGUAUGAAGAUGUUAUUUUAUUUGUGUUGAAAUCUACAAACACUAAACUCAGAAGUGUGAACUGUUUUUCUUCUGUGAGCAUGCCUUCUCUUCUUUGGUUCAACUGUAAAUUAAUGCACAGCUCCAAAACAUUGAUUCAGUGAUGGAGUAAAUUGGCUCUUAAAACCUUGCAACAGGUAAAAAUGUUUUGUUUGGAAAAUGGCAAACAUGAACUUGACAAUGUUAUUUAGUUGUGUGAAAUGCAUAUAUUAUACAUGUGAAUAAUUGAGAUAUACAGUAUAUGGAAAUUGUAUAGAAUGUAUAACUGAUGUAUAAUAAACAUUUUAAAAUUAACUUGUCUUGACCUUAAAAUAAACUUGUGUUUUCACUGAAGAUGGCCCUUAGCCCCAAAGUGCAGGCCAACCAAAUAGCCUUACAGGCAUAUAAACAAAAUACAUAACUGCUGUGUUUUUGUAUUUUCAUUCUUUCAUCUAAGAAACGAUGUGAAUGUGAAGACCCACAUCUCACAUGACCACAAUGUAAUUUUUAAGUUAAAAUAAACCAUUUAAAAUUUGAACCCAGGCUGUUGCAGUACUUCCGCAGCUUUCAGAGCAUGCACACUAACCCAGUGAGCUAACAGGGGAGCCCUGCUUUCGUCUGGUUUUCUGAAACCCCAACUCUGCAGGUUGUUACAACUAGCUAGUUAAAUGUCAAAUUUAAAUGUUGAGUGGAGAUUGUUAUGAUCCCUGAUAGCUCAGUGGUUAAGGAUGUGAGCUACUGUGUGAGGGGUCUUGUGUUCAAAUCUGGCUGAAGGAUCUUCUUACAUAAAACAGAAUAAUCUGCUUUCUAAUCA